UGAUGGGAAACGCUCCUAACUCCUGGAGAUGGUCGGCUACUGGGAAGAUAAACCCUGAUGCAUACCAAAAUUGGAUGUCAACCCAGCCUGACAACUUCAGAUCACAACAACACUGUGUAACUAUGAGAAAUGGACAAUGGACCGACGAUAAUUGUAAAAGCUCAUUUCCUUUUGUCUGUUUCACAGGAUCAACUGAGCCUGGUUUAAAGGAGUUCACCUAUGUUUCUACCAGUAUGACAUGGGCCGCAGCAAAGAACCACUGCAGACAGAACUACACAGAUCUGGCCAUGAUCCAGGACGAUGCUGAGAACACUGCGGUGGCGUCAGUCAUUUCAUCAUCAACUAAUGUGUGGAUCGGCCUGUACAGAGUGCCUUGGGUGUGGUCCAAUGGAAAAAUCUCAUCUUUCGUUAACUGGGCCCCUGGUGAGCCAGAUAAUCUUGAUGGUGCAGAACACUGUGCCUGGGUUCAUGAAAAUCAUCAGUGGAGUGAUGAGAGCUGUAGUUUCAUGGGUCCAUUCUUCUGCCAACAAAUUUUGGAUGUUAAGAAAUAUCAUCUUAAAAUCAAACUCCAGACUGAUGCUGUUCUGUCUGAUCCAGCUUCAUAUAACCAGAUCAUACAGCAGCUUGGAGUCAAGUUUAAGAACAUGGCCCUCACUGAUUUUCAGUUCACUUGGAAGACGUCAUACCCAAACAUGUAAAGUGAAAGACAGAC